AAUAAAAAAAAUACCAAAAAUCAAAAUUAAACAACAACAACAACAAAAUGUCGAGCUCAGCAACAAAAACAACAAGUGAUAAUAAGAAAAAGGAAGAAUUAGAAGAUUGUAGAUGUAGUAGAGUAGCUACUGAUACUACUCCACAACAACAACAACAACAACAAUAUCAAAAACACCAAUUGAAUGUAUUUGAAUCUAAUAGUAAAAAACCAUCGUCCUCCACAUUUGAUGCAAAUCUGAAAUCAACAUCAACAAUAGCCACAACAUUUGAAGACAACGAAGGAGCUUAUAAAAAGGAAAAAGAAUUGGAUAGUGCCAACGCUCAAGUAACAGAAUCAGGCGAUUCUGGUUUUAUAUCUGGACCACAGACGCAAUCAUCAAUUGACGAAGACGAAGGCGAAGGCGCUAUUGGUAGUGGUAGUGGUGGUGGCGGUGUACAAAAAUUUAAUAUUAUUGAAAAAUCCCACCAACAACAUUAUCAGCCACCACCUAACAAGGAAGAGGAAAAAGUUAUUUUGGACUCGGGCUGUAUUGACGAAGAAGAUUUUGUCGAAGACGAUUACGAAGUGCCAAUUAACGAAGAAAAACGCCAAAUAAGCGAGCAACAACAACAAGUUCAACGCGAACACUCAAACACAACAGUUGCAACUGCAAUACCCUCUUCAAACACCGCUGAUCAAAUGAUACUUAAACAGAAUGUUGAUGCUGGCAUGUCGGAAUGGUUUUGUAAUCUUAGCUUGGAUACAGAUGGACAACCACGUCCACAACAUUUAUCACAGCACCAACAACAACAACAACAACAGCAGCAGCAACAACAGAUAGCUGGUGGUAUAAAUAAUUUGAAUACGGUUAGGCGUAGAUCGGCUACCAGUACUAUACUUUCAACACCGACAUUAGUAACUGGCAAUUAUAAUCAAAAUCAAAAUCCAAGCAUAAAUAGACCCCAACAACAACAACAACAAGCAUCUGGAAAUACAACUGCUAUAACAACACCCACAACACCAAAUUUAACAUCCUCAAAUGCAUGGGAACAGUUCUAUCAACAAGACGAUGAUGGGGAUACAACAUUGCAUUUGGCAUGCAUUCAUGGAUAUGUCGGUGUUGUAGCUGCCCUCAUACGCAUGGCUCCACAUCCGUGCCUGUUUAAUAUAAAAAAUGAUCUAUCACAAACGCCUUUACAUCUCGCUGCCCUUACAGCUCAACCAAAAAUUUUACGCAUGUUAUUAAUAGCUGGAGCUGACCCAACCAUACGUGAUCGUCACGGUAAUACGGCAUUGCAUCUCUCUUGCAUUUCGGGAGAGGAGCAAUGUGUACGUGCGUUAACUAUAAAAAUAAGUGCAUCCGAAAUAAAUGAAGCACAUCGUUUAUAUGGUCACAGGUCCAAUGAUAAAACUGUCUCCUACUUAAGUUGUGCUCGUUUACCAUCCGAUUUGGAAAUACGUAACUAUGAUGGUGAGAGAUGUGUUCAUGUAGCUGCACAAGGCGGGCAUAUCGAUAUAUUAAGAAUUUUAGUUUUAUAUGGAGCCGAUAUAAAUGCCAGGGAAGGAAAAGCAGGAUAUACACCACUUCACAUUGCCAUUGAGUAUCGUAAUGAAGAUUUGGCCAAUUUCUUGCUUGAUGAAUGUCAGAAGCUUAAUUUAGAAACAGCGACCUACGGUGGCUUAACAGCAUAUCAAUUCGCUAUAAUACAUAAGUCUCACAUGCAAAAUAUCUUAGAACAACGUGGUGCUGAACCACUAACACCACCUGAUAGUGAUUAUGACAGUAGCGACACCGAAGACUUAGAAGAUACAAAGUUUUUUGAUCGCUACGCUCUUACUGGCACCAAUUUAAUGGCAGUUGCUUGAAAUUCUUCCAGUUGACUUUCAUUAUACAAACAGUAAUUCUAAUGCUCCGAUUUUAAGUUUCGCAUACGCUUUCUAUACUUUAUCCAAAUUUAAUUAAAAAUAUUGGUGUAUAAGAUAAAAAACAC